AUGCCUGGUCGCAAAACUCUUACCGGUACCGCUGGUGGCCAUAAUGUUGGCCAUGGUGUUGGCGGUAGCCGUGGUGCCUCUGGCCGUGGUGCUUCCAGCCGUGGUGCUUCCGGUCGUGGUGGUGCUUCCGGUCAUGGUGGUGGCCGUGGUGGUGGCCGUGGCGGUGGCCCUGGCAGUGGCCGUGGUGGUGGCCGAGGGCGCCAAACCAGUCAACAAACCAACAUUACGCAGAGAUUGAGGGUAUCCACUCCUGAUCCCAUGUGGAUGGCCUUCUGGGAAUAUAAUAUCAAAUAUGAGCGCUAUCAUGGUCCAAUUGAAAGGCCCAGCUAUGCUGAUCUGUUACUCCACACCAUGAGUUUGCCAGCUCUUAUUUCUGGCUUCGAUGACGAUGAUGCACUGCUACCAAUGGACCAUGGGCACAUCCAAGAACUUCGCAAAAGACUCCUGGACAAAGAUGAUUGGAACUGGAAGAUGCCCAAGGUCCUAUUGAAUCGAAUAAGGGAUUCAGAAAGCAGGUUGGUUGGAGCCAUGUUUGGUAGUACCAAGAAUGGCUGGGAUGCAUUGAUAAAAAAGCAUGUAAAGAAUGCAUCCUUCGUUCUGGUGCACCAAAACAAGUCUGUCAGAGUUGUUUCGGCUGAUCUUUGGGGAGUACACUUUGGAAUUGGACACAACAUUGGCCGCAUUGUUUGGGUUUUAAAUGAUGAACUCAACAAGCAAGAGGCUGCUCAGAAAACUGUUGCAACAAUCAAAGGAGAGGGCUACUUCCCAGAAAGCUGCCAAUCGUCUCAUUGA